GGAUCUGCUUCCAAGGCUUGGUUUCGCUUUGCCUGGCGCUUGGCGAGGCCUGGCGCGCCGCACCGAGCCCAGCAGGUGGCCGCCGAGGAACGCGGGGGUGGAGGGGUUGGGGAGGGGCGAGGGCUGGCGUCUUUAACCCUUUGGGAGCCCCUGCCCGCUAGCGCCCCGAGGACGCGUCUCCGGCUCAGGCCCGGUGCCCCGCGGCGCGCGUGGGUCUUGGCUGGCUGGAAGGAGGCCCUGACCUUGCUUUCUCUCCCGUGCCAGGUUUGCACAAGGACCAUGGGCGCCGCGCUGGGCACAGGCACGCGGCUGGCUCUCCGGCCCGGCCGGGCCUGCGGCGCCCUCCCGCGCUGGGCACCCUCCGCGUCUGCUCGAGGCUGCCACGCCAAGUCCGGCUCAGCACGCCCCGUGCCCCUGAAGAAGCGUGGAUACGAUGUCACCAGGAACCCUCAUCUCAACAAGGGGAUGGCCUUUACACUUGAAGAAAGGCUGCAGCUUGGAAUCCACGGCCUAAUCCCGCCCUGCUUUCUGAGCCAGGACGUCCAGCUCCUCCGGAUCAUGAGAUAUUACGAGCGGCAGCAAAGUGACCUGGACAAGUACAUCAUUCUCAUGACACUCCAAGACCGGAAUGAGAAGCUAUUCUACCGAGUGCUGACCUCGGAUGUGGAGAAGUUCAUGCCGAUCGUGUACACACCCACGGUGGGGCUGGCCUGUCAGCACUAUGGCCUGACCUUCCGCAGACCCCGUGGACUGUUCAUCACCAUUCAUGACAAGGGCCACCUUGCAACAAUGCUGAACUCUUGGCCAGAAGACAAUAUUAAGGCCGUGGUGGUGACUGAUGGGGAGCGCAUCCUGGGCCUGGGAGACCUGGGCUGCUAUGGCAUGGGCAUCCCUGUGGGCAAGCUGGCCCUGUACACAGCGUGUGGAGGGGUGAACCCGCAACAGUGCCUCCCUGUGCUGCUGGAUGUCGGCACCAACAAUGAGGAGCUGCUCAGAGACCCUCUGUACAUUGGCCUGAAACACCAGCGUGUGCGUGGGAAGGCGUAUGAUGACUUGCUGGAUGAAUUCAUGCAGGCUGUGACAGACAAGUUUGGAAUAAAUUGCCUCAUCCAGUUUGAAGACUUUGCCAAUGCCAAUGCCUUCCGCCUGCUCAACAAAUACCGUAACAAGUACUGCAUGUUCAAUGAUGACAUCCAAGGCACAGCCUCCGUUGCUGUGGCAGGGAUCCUGGCUGCUCUGCGAAUCACCAAGAACAAGCUCUCCAGUCACGUGUUUGUUUUCCAAGGUGCAGGCGAGGCAGCCAUGGGCAUUGCCCACCUCCUUGUCAUGGCCCUAGAGAAAGAAGGUGUACCGAAAGCAGAGGCCACAAGAAAGAUCUGGAUGGUGGACUCUAAGGGGCUCAUUGUCAAGGGGAGGAGCCACCUGAACCAUGAAAAGGAGAUGUUUGCCCAAGACCAUCCUGAAGUGAACUCCCUGGAGGAGGUGGUGAGGCUGGUGAAGCCCACAGCCAUCAUAGGUGUUGCUGCCAUCGCAGGAGCCUUCACGGAGCAGAUUCUGAGGGACAUGGCCUCCUUCCACGAGCGCCCUAUCAUCUUUGCCCUGAGCAACCCCACCAGCAAGGCCGAGUGCACGGCUGAGAAGUGCUACCGGGUCACUGAGGGCCGAGGGAUUUUUGCCAGUGGAAGUCCUUUUAAGAGUGUGACUCUAGAAGAUGGCAAGACCUUCAUUCCUGGUCAGGGAAACAAUGCUUAUGUGUUCCCUGGGGUGGCACUAGGAGUCAUCGCUGGCGGGAUCCGGCACAUUCCAGAUGAGAUCUUCCUCCUGACAGCAGAGGUACUUGACUACGCGUACAAACACAACCUGGCCUCCUACUACCCGGAGCCUAAGGACAAGGAGGCUUUUGUAAGAUCCCUGGUCUACACUCCAGACUAUGACUCCUUUACACUGGAUAGUUACAGUUGGCCCAAAGAAGCCAUGAAUGUUCAGACAGUCUGAUGCAGUCUCAUGUGCUGGUAUGGAGCUGGAUGAAACCCAGCAUAACACCCACAAUAUAAAUGGGUUCCAAAAUGGCCCAACUGAAUCCUUGUUGCUGUGUUUUUUUCUUUUAAACUUUCUGGUGUGAGAGGAGAUGCCAAGGCAUACGUGAAUAAAAGCCUUGUCUCUGAAGGCCCUGGGAGUUCAUUUUUCUGAACCCUCCUCUGAGUUCCUUCCUAAGCAUUUCUUCAUCCAUUAAUUACCAACUACUGGCCAGGCCUUGUGGGAAAUGCAGAAUUUUGCCUAGAAUCCUGCUUUACAGAGCUCGGGCUCUAGUGAAGGAAAUUGGACACAAUUCAUUUUGCCAUGAGGGAGAAAGUGGUAAGUUCAUGAAAGAAGAGCAGAUAAAAACUGAGGGUGGUCAGAAAAGGGAGAGGACAUUUCCUAUGAGAACAUAAAAGAAGGCUUCAGGGAGAGCAGUGUUUGCACUGAGUCCUGAGAGGAGAAGAUGGGUAGGAGUCAUGGGGAGAUGAGGAAUGUGAGCACAGCCACUAGCCAGAAAGCAUGGCUCACCCAUCAAGGAGUUCAGUCCAUGUCAGCAAUACACACCCUUCCAGACUCAGCAGUGUGUGAAGGCUGAGUAGCUGGGGGCAGCUCACUAACUAUUCAGGAAUGGUCACUGCCCUAUGGGUUGUUGAGUCUUAGACAUUCUUUUUUGUAAAAGGAAAAUCAGAGAAAUGUGGGUGGGGAGAGUCAGCCUGCCAAGGAGUGAAGAGGAAGAGAGGUGGUGACAGGAAGAGCACCACAGAGACUUGAUUUCAUUUUCCUGGCUCUGGAACACACUCUGGCUUCCAUCCUUCACUCUCUGAAGUAGCUGAGCAACCCAAAGCUGUUUUUUAUACAGUAAUAUCAGUCCAUCCUGGGUGUUUCUUAGAUCAAGUUCAGUGCUAGCCUUCAUCUCCCUCAUGAAAAGCACAGCCUAUACACAGGAGUAGCGGCGGGGAGAGAGCUUGCAGCCCCCUGAAAUUAGAUACUGCUAAGAUGUUAAGAUAUGUUGAGAUGACAGCUUCCAGCCUCUAAUUUUAUUGUAUAAUAAAGGAAACAAUAAAUCAUGCUUAGAGCCCUACUCCUGCUACCACCUCAGCCUCAGGAUCUCCUCUGCCCGCAACGAAUAAGUUCUAUACGGCCAACUCUCAAGGACAGACUAGAUGGACUACUGGACUUGCAGAAGAGUAAUUAGCAGAGGCACCACUUACCUCUUGCUCAGGUCUUAUUCUUCCAAGAACUGCUUCCUCAGUGCUGGUGAUCAGCCAAGAAUAUCCUGAGAAAACAUCUCUCCUGUAUGAUUCUUGGGAUCAUAAAGAAUGAAAAACUAUUCAGAAGAAAGUUUGAAGAGUGAAGCUGGAAUCUGAACACCAUGGAACUUUUGGCACUAUCUUUUUAUAUCAUGUCCCACAACUUCCUCUGUACCCCUGCUACAUAUCCUUCAUAAUCAACAUAGCAGAAAA